AUGGCGAUAACUCGAGGCGUAACGAAAGCAGCAGGGACGGCCGCGGCCAUAGGAGCCGUGUUCGGGACCACCGAACUACUCGAAAUGAUUUUGUUGUACCUUCAAGUCAACGAACUGUUGUGCGCGCAGCAGAUCUGCACCCGCUGGAGAGAUACCAUACGUGCCUCCACGAAGAUCCAGCAAACUCUCUAUCUUUCACCAUUCGGGGAUAAGUUAGUCCACGCCAUCGACGAUGGUCCCGGGCCCAAGAAUUUCGACCUCGACGACUGGAACUUUGCACACUGGAUCGUCCGGAGCGACAAAGGCAGCGAUGUCGUCGUGCGCCCGAUCUUGAAUCCCAUUAUGCACCGCUACUUCUUCACCUGGUAUAACAAUUUCGUCUCAAUCCUCAAGACCGGGUUCAUAGACCCAAUCUUCGACCGCUCGGCCUACCACGAAAGCUGCAAAUGGAAGUCCAGAAAUCCCCUCCCUGAGCCCUGCGAGGACGACAUCGGACCUCGAACUGAGCGACAGUUGCUGGCUCUGCACCGGGAAGGAGCCAGCUGGAGGCGCAUGUAUGUCAUGCAACCUCCUUGCAGCCACAUCACGAUUAUGUGCGAUGAUCAACGAAGCACCUUCACCAUCACCAACGAGAAAGGUGUGACGCUCCAGGACCUAAGAGACGGAGUGUACCAGCAUUGGUCAUCUUGUCGCGAUUGUCCUACCGCGUAUGUCAUUGAGAGGUGGGAUUUUGAGGGCUUUCGGUUGCAGAAUUUACAGUUGCUCAAGGAGAUCCCGACUAGCAUCGACUUGCUUAACAGUCUACGUCGUCCGAACAUCGUUCGAUUACCAGGUGUUCUGGACUAG